GUCUUGGCACUGCGCACGUUUCUCUCUCUUUUGGUCUUGAUUCGAAGGCAAAACCAUGCCGUUGUUCAAGGAUCUUUUGCAUCCCUCUGUUGAGGAAGAGAAACGGAAGCACAAACUCAAACGGCUUGUUCAAAGUCCAAACAGCUACUUCAUGGAUGUGAAGUGUCCAGGUUGCUACAAAAUCACAACUGUGUUCAGCCAUGCCCAGACAGUUGUUCUGUGUGUGUCAUGUUCUAUGGUGCUCUGUCAGCCUACAGGAGGGAGAGCAAGACUCACAGAAGGUUGCUCCUUCAGGAGGAAACAGAAUUGAAUUCCUCUUCAAAGAAUAUUGCAGAAUUAGGAAAAAGCACCUUUAAAUCAACACUGAUUUAAGUCUUUUUUUAUUAGCUUAAUUAACAACAAAUCUCUUGUUGGAGCUUCCUGUUUUCAGAAGUAAUGUAGGUGUUUAGACCAAAGGAACUGUUAGUGUUACUACACUUUAAGUUGGGUGGAGUUGAGAAGGGUUAAGUUUUGUUCACUGGUAAGAACAGCGGUGUCGUUGCUCAGACAGAAAUGAUCUUGCCGCUGACAUUGCCUCUGUAAAUAAAUAAAGUCAGUGUUGAUUUA